CUUUGGAGCUGGCCGGAGCAGCGCCUGCGCGUGGCAAAUCGGGCGGGAAGAGGCAAAAAGCCCUUAAGCAGCUGGUCUUGCCGAUUUCGGUUCCCACUGUCGCGUGGCCAGGUGACCACUGUCGCGCGAGGGAAGGCAGAACGCCCAGGGCCAUUUCUGAGCAGUAGAUAUUUUGAAUACUUCACUGAACAACCAGUUCCAAAUCCUGUCAUCAAGUUCUGCGCUCUGGUGCCAAGUGGUAUUAGAUAUAUAUUUUUUUUCAUUGAAGAGAAAUGAGUGUAACUACUAUUGCAUCAAGAGUUGAAACCUGGCUGUUAGCUACAUGGCAUGUUAAAGUACCUCAGAUGUGGCUGGAAGCUUGUAUUAACUGGAUCCAAGAAGAAAAUGAUACUUUUAAUUUGACUCAGGCACAAAUUAAUAAACAAGUAUUUGAACAAUGGCUGCUUACUGAUCUGAGAGAUUUGGAACAUCCUCUUUUACCUGAUGGCAUUUUAGAGAUUCCAAAAGGAGAAUUGAAUGGGUUUUAUGCUCUACAGAUUAAUUCUUUGGUUGAUGUAAGUCAACCUGCAUAUUCUCAGAUACAGAAGUUGAGAGGAAAAAAUACAACAAAUGAUCUGGUUACAGCCGAAACGCAAGUUACCCUAAAACCUUGGGAAGCAAAGUCUUCUCGAAUGUUGAUGCUACAGCUCACUGAUGGAAUUGUACAAAUGCAGGCAAUGGAGUAUCAGUCUGUUCCAGCUCUUCAUAGUGAUCUUUCUCCAGGAACAAAAAUUUUGAUUCAUGGAAACAUUUCUUUCCGUCUUGGUGUGCUCUUGUUAAAACCAGAAAAUGUGAAGGUCUUAGGAGGUGAAGUAGAUGCUCUUUUAGAAGAAUAUGCCCAAGAAAAAGUACUUGCAAGGUUAAUUGGGGAACUUGAUCCUGUAGUCUCAGUCAUACCAAGUAAUGCUACUGAAAAUAUCCCCAGAGUUACAGAUGUUAUAGAUCCUACUUUAGGACCUUCUGAUGAAGAACUUUUGGCAAGUCUUGAUGAAAAUGAUGAACUUGGGGAAAACAACGAUAUCUCCUUGGAAAGGUGUUUGAACAUAGGCAGUUCCACAAAUACUAUUCAGAUGAGACAGUCAAGUUUUGAGCCAGGACCUAUUUCUCCGAACCCAAAGGAGAAACCACCAAACCAAUCUAUGUAUUUCACUGAUGUGAAUUUAGAUGACUUUUGCCUGGAGGAGGCCUUACUUUUGGAAGAAACUGUCCAGAAAGAACAGAUGGAAAUCAAAGAAUUAGAACCACUGAGUUUGAGUAAAAACACAGCUAAAUGUAUAGAGAGAUUUUCACAUAAACCUAAUAUAUCAGGUGACUUUUCUUUGGCUUACAAACAAGGAGACAAUAGUUGGGGUGAAAACAAAUUAUCUGACCAAAUGACUCAUGAAGAUAAGUCUUUAGGUUAUCCAUCUGCUAGACAUCAAAACAGUAAUAUUUCUUUGGGUCAUUGUAAUGUACCUCUAGCUCAUGAUUUUACAAAUAAAGAUAAGGACCCAGAGACAGAUAAUAAAAUAAAACAAACCGUCAGCAGUUCAGGUGGACAUUUCUUAAGUAAUAAAAUAUUAAGUAGAGACAUUGUUAACUGUGUACCAAAAAAGAGUUCACAAAUUUCUAGUGAAAAUGAUCACCAUUUACAAGCUUGUUCAAAGUCGGUAGAGAAUAGCACUGAUAUUUCUCUUGCUAUGGAUUUGCAUUCUCCACCCUUUAUCUACUUGUCUGUCCUAAUGGCCAGCAAACCAAAGGAAGUUACAACAGUGAAAGUCAAAGCAUUUAUUGUGACUCUAACUGGAAAUCUCUCGAGUUCUGGUGGCAUUUGGAGCAUCACUGCAAAGGUUUCUGAUGGCACUGCAUAUUUAGAUGUAGACUUUGUAAAUGAAAUACUGACUGGUUUAAUAGGGUUUUCAGUAUCAGAAAUGAAAAAGUUAAAAAAGGAUCCUCUUAAAUACCAAAAGUUCCUUGAAGGUUUGCAGAAAUGUCAGAGAAAUCUAAUAGAUUUGUGCUGUCUAAUGACUAUUUCAUUUAAUCCUUCUUUGUGUAAAGCCAUGGUACUUGCAUUAGAGGAUGUUAGUAUGGAACACCUGGAGAACCUGAAGAAGAGAUUGAAUAAAUAAUUUGCCAAAGUAUUAGAGAACAAAUCAUAACAGGAAGAAAAUAUUUAGAAUUAAAUUUGACCCAAGUUUACUUUUGAAACUUUCUUUUGGUGAAAAGCAAAAUCAAUGAAGUUUCAUAGUUUAUUUAAAUUUAAUUAGAAAUGUUUAAUCGUAUGUGUACACUUAAUUUUUUUAACUUGGUUGAACCUAGAUUCAUACUAGGUGAAGGGUUGUACUACGUAGUACUCCUGAAUCCCUUGGUGAUUUUCUUUUAGAUAAUAUUUAGUAGUCCCACUAUUCUUAAGAAAUUUGUUUUCACUUGUCAUUUCAUAGAAGAUGAUUUCUAAUCAUUAUUAAAAGCUGGUAUUUAUAAUUUUAUUUCAAUACUUUAAGUACCCAAAAAGUUUGUUUAUAGAGUUAUUAGAAAAAAGUUAAAAUUAUCAGGAUAUAAGAUGCAGAUUUUUUGCUGGUUUUUGAUAAUUAUAAAUAUUUGACAUAUUUAAGGUAAAUCUUGCUAACUAGAUAUUACUUUACAGAGAGAUAGUACUACACACUGAAUUAAAAACAUUGUAUUUUAAGUCUGCCAGUGGUUUUUUACCUUCAAUCCUAGCUUCUCAGAAGUCUGGGAUAUAGAGGAUAAGGGUUUGAAGCCAGCCUAAGCAGAAAAGUGCUUGAGAUUCCAACUCCAAAAAUCAUCAAAAUUCCCUCUCUGAGGUAUGGCAGCUUCCUGAGUUCAAACCGUGGUGCUAGAGUUGGGAAGGGGAAGAAAGAACAGUAUUUUAAAUGGCUUAUUAAGAGCUUCAUUAUUAAACACUUCAUUUUUUUUAACUAAAGUAAAUGGUUUUUCCAUACCUUUAGGUAUAAUUGUCCCAUUUUUGAAUUAGCUAUACCUGUAAACUUUUCUUUAAUUUUGUUGUGCUAAUUCUUUUAAAGGGAGACUGUUUACCACUCUUCUACUUUGCAAUAAUAAAAUUAUAUUUAAGAGAUAAAAUUACUUUUU